UACAAUGUAUGUCGACCUCAAUUGCAAUAUUAUCUCAGCAUUUAUAUCAACGUAUAUAUGGUGUAUUGUUGCAUAAAUUCUUCUAUAGGUAAAGUGUGGUGUUUUGAACUAGUGAACUGCCUCAAUCAAACUAAGUUUGAAUGUUCUAAGCGAAAAAUAUAAGAACGUCAUAUUUGCAAUACUGAUUAAAAGCUUUAUGUUAUAUAAUCCACUAUAGUGCAGGAUUAAAGAAAUAAAGAAAUAAUAAAGAAAAACUUACAUAAGAGGACAAAUUAUGGAUUUCAUAAGCGUCUUGAAAGUUUCACUUUUGGUUCCCUGCAUUGCCUUGGCAUGCACAACGGCACUUCACGCGUUCGGUGAUACGGAUACCAGCACCUGCAGCAUGGAGAUGUACGGUAACGACACGGCGGCAUUCUGGGCCUGUCGGACGCAGUUUGCGCAUCAAUCCAACUGGUUCCCGUCCCCGAUAGCCGGGCUCUUCAGUUAUCAGGUCUGGAACGGUUACGACGGUUUCUGGCAGAACGGCGCCGUGCUGGAAACCAUGACAAACUUCGUUGCAAAUACGAAUGGUACAAACAGACGCUAUCUCAGCGUCAUCAAUGGCGGCGAGCGUGACCUGUACAGCCUUCUAGAGGCUUACGGACCUUACCCGUCCUUCGAUGACAUGGGCUGGUACGGCCUGGCGUACACACGGAUAUACGAAGUUCUCGGAAACGACAUGUUCCUUCAGGACGCAAAGGAUAUAUUUGAUUGGUGCUGGAGGACCGGAUGGGAUACCAGCGGCGCAUGCGCGGGAGGAUUUUAUUUUGAUAACUCGUUCGCCUCCAAGCAAACGAUCACGAACGCGCAGAUGUUGCAGUUGACCGCAAAAUUGUUCAGGAUAACAAACAAUACGGAUUAUAAGAACAAAAUGGAGCAAAUUUAUCAUUAUAUAUUGAAUAACAGCCUGAUAAAUGAAACAACAUAUUUAGUUGCGGACGGUGCGACCUAUGACUGCACCCCGUCUAACGUGUAUGGUCCUACCUAUAACUCCGGUGUUAUGAUCGGGGCAAUGGUGGAGCUAUACAAAAUAAGCAGCGACCCGAGCUACACUGAUCUCGCAUUCAAGAUGGCAAUAGGAGUUAUCGAGAGAUCUUGCGACGCCGAAGGCAUAUUAGUAGAAUCCUGCACUCCAACGUGCGACGAAGAUGCGUUAAUGUAUAAGGGCAUUUUUGUGCGGAAUAUAAGAUACCUCAUGGACGUCCUAAACGACAAAACAAAACGUGAUUACCUACAAAGUUGGCUGGAGCUUCAGAUAGAAUCCAAUAUUAUGCACAACAUGUGCGACGAAGUUCCUAUAACGAAAUGUAAUAUAUCGUACAAAGAUGGCCCACCGUACUUCAACAAAUCUGGCCCCGUGUUCUCGCCGGAUUGGCGCGGCCCUUUUUCAUACGGAGCUCCGAUGCAGCAAACCUCCGCAUUGGACCUUUUCAUUUCUGCCAUUCAACCCGGCACCGAAUGUAGCGGAAGUUUCUGCAACUACGACCCCCCGAACCCGCCACCCCAGCCCCUCACAUGCAACAGCAAGCCCUGCCCGGAAGGGGAAGAUUGCUGUGAAUACAGCCCCUAUACCUCAUACACGUGCUGCUACACCAACCAGCACUGCAACAACACCACGGGCGUUUGCGACAACAACUAAAACGACGGAAUAAACAAAGACUACAUUUCACAUUAACUUUCCUUACAUAAUGAAACAAAUGUUUACAUUCAAAAGUGUUUAGCUCUUGAUAUGACGUUGUUGUACAAUUUUUGCGGACAUAAAUAAACCACACAUACAUGAU